GACCUUGGCUCCAUCUCUGUCACUGUCCCCAAAUCCAUGGCCAAUUCCCUCUGGAACACCAGGGCCAUUUCCUACGCAGGAUGUGCUGCCCAAGUCUUUUGGUUUCUCUUCUUACUUUCAGCAGAAUAUUUGCUUCUUACCAUCAUGGCGUAUGACUGCUACAUUGCCAUCUGCAGACCCCUGCACUAUGGGACCCUCCUGGGCAGCAGAGCUUGUGUCAAAAUGGCAGCAGCUGUCUGGGUCAGUGGUUUUCUCUAUUCUGCCCUGCACACUGGGAACACAUUUUCAAUACCACUCUGCCAAGGCAAUGCCCUGGAGCAGUUCUUCUGUGAAGUUCCCCAGAUCCUCAAGCUCUCCUGUUCAGAUGCCUACCUCAGGGAAGCUGGCCUUCUUGUGGCUAGUGUUUGUUUAGUCUUCGGGUGUUUUGUUUUCAUUGUGGUGUCCUAUGUGCAGAUCUUCACAGUCGUGCUGAGGAUCCCUUCUGAGCAGGGCCAGCACAAAGCCUUUUCCAUGUGCCUCCCGCACCUGGCCGUGGUCUCUCUGUUUGUCAGCACUGACAUGUUUGUCUACCUGAAGCCCCCCUCCAUCUCCUCCCCAGCUGUGGAUCUGAUGGUGGCUGUUCUGUACUCGGUGGUGCCUCCAGUCCUCCCGGGGCUUGCUCGAGCUGACGACCACCUGCUCACAGGAAUGAUGUGGCUCUCCAUCCUCCGGUAG